AUGAAUGGUUACAGAUCUCCCUACCUGUACAUAGGGGGUCUGGUGACCCAGGUCCGAGCGCCGCUCCAGAGGACCCCUAAGUGCGCGCGGUGCCGUAACCACGGCGUCCUGUCCUGGCUGAAGGGCCACAAGCGAUACUGCUGCUUCAAGGACUGCACCUGUGAGAAAUGCAUCCUGAUCAUCGAGAGGCAGCGGGUCAUGGCAGCGCAGGUGGCGCUCCGCAAACAGCAGGCCAACGAGAGUUUGGAGAGCAUUAUCCCUGAGUCUCUGAGAGCCCUGCCCGGCAUCACGGUGCCUGGACAGGGGGCGGGUUACCAGGGCCUGCCGCCCCACUCUGGAGACAUGGACCUCCAAUGGACAUCGGAACAGACUGCCAACACACAGGUCCUGAGGAUGUGUUUCUGUGUUCGCUUCCUGAUGCUGAGUGAGGAUGCGUCGGGGGACCAGAACGGUAAUGGUAGCGGCAGUGAGAAGGACCAGGACCCUAGCACUCCAUCCCAGACCAAUGAGGGCCGCUACAGCUUCCCUCUUCCCCUGGCCCUCCCUAAGACCUGCAGCACCUCUCCAGAGCCCAAGGCAGACAGCCCCACUAAGGGCUACCCCGGGGUUGGGGCAGGGGGGCUGCCAGGGGACCACAGCCUAGUGAUUGAGGGCCUGUCUGGGUCUGUCUCCCUUCCCUUCAACCUGCGAGCCAACCGGCCACCCCUGGAGGUGCUGAAGAAGAUCUUCCCUUCCCAUAAGCCCCCGGUGCUGGAAUUGAUACUGCAGGGGUGUGGAGGGGACCUGGUGGGGGCCAUCGAGGUGCUGCUGUCCAGCCAGGCCCAGGAGGCCAGGGGGGGUCACCCACACAGUCAGGGCCUCCACCCCAACACCCUGGUCCUGCCCUCCAUCAGCCAUCUCCUGGACCACUCCCUGGGGUCUUACCACCCUCUGGCCACCUCUGCCAAGUGGUCUGUGGACUCUGCUUUCAGGGUGCCUGAGUCCCUGUGCUUCUCGUCUGACUCGUCGUCCAGCCCCCUGACCCUGCAGCCAGGGUCAUUCCCCCAUCCACCCCACUACCCUCUGAGGCUGAGGAACUCUCUGACACGUGGUGGCCGGACCGGACCCUUCUGCAAUGACUUGACCCUAUGGAACACUAUGAUGCUGCAGCAGCAUUACCAGCUACCGUCAGCUCAGUACGUCUCUCCUUUUUCCUCCGCUGGGAAGGUGCAUCGUCUCUCCCAGCUAGAGGACUGUCCCCCUGCACCCAUCUCCCCCAACCCCAGCGCUAAACAGACCCUCUACAUCCCAGAGUAG